AGUUGCCACUCGUUUAUCACUCGAGUUAGUUGUAAUUGGACAGCUCGCUCCAUAAGUGAAAAGCUACCUUGUCAAUCAGUGCUCAAAUCAUAAGUAGUUCAUAUGUGUCCAAUCUAUUUAAUUGACUCUGAUAGAUAGGAUUCAGCAACAAGAACUAAUAGAAUCAUGGAUUAUCUUAUAGAUAAAGUACUAAUAUCAUGCUGUGACAUGAAUAAUGUGUGUGGUGUGAAAUAAAUGUGUGUAAUGGGAUUUUUGAUUAAGGACCAGUGGCUAGAAGUAUCCACGUAAAUCUACCGUGUGUGUCUCGGACAAGGAUACAUUUCUUAUUGUGACUUAUUACUGCUCUCCGUGAUAUUAUUUAUAAUUAAUACCUUUUUGCGAAUUUUGGAAAUGCUGUGUACUAGUGCACCUCCAAGCCCAAUAGGAUCAGAUAUCUCAGUGGGGGCUCCGAGUCCGCCGGCAGCCGAUGCAUUACACGCUCAGGGUGGUGACGAUUAUUUCCGGCCCCUGAAGAGACUUAAAAUGAUAGACGGUAGAGAAAAGUGUUCCAGUCCCCCUCGCUCCACCAUCGAAGGUGUCAAGUCCUUCUCAAUAGCAGACAUCCUCGGCCAUGAGCCCCCAUCAGGAGGUGUUACGGGUGGCGUCAGUAGUCUCAAUCAUCAUCACAAUCAUCUACAUCAGCAUCAGAGUCAUCCUGCCACAAAAAUUGUUCGACCUUGGGAUCAUUUACGAGGACCCAUACCUGUUCGUCCUUUUCUACCACCUGCUCUUCUCCACUAUGAACAUCGCCUAGCCUUAGAUUACCAGCGCCAAUUACAGGAGCACUUUACGGCACAGGCUCAACUGCUUCGGCAUAUGAGUAUGGAAAUCAUACCCUCAGAAAGUGGAUCCGAACGUUCCAGUUCAGCCACCAGUGAUUGUUGCUCGCCUGAAAUUGGCGGAUCUCGUACCUCCGACCACCAUCAUUCGAGUGGUCAACAAACGCCAGCGGCGGUGCAUCAAGCAACUUCCGCAGGUAGUCAGAAGACUAAGCCCAACGGGACGCCUCUCGACGCCCUCUUCCAGAUGACCAAUAAAACCUUCGACGAAGCUCAAGGCGAAAAUGGUUCAGAUCAAUCGCAUUUAAAUUUAUUUGCCUCUCGGCCCCAGCCAAAGAAGAAGCGUAAAUCACGGACGGCGUUCACAAAUCACCAAAUUUUCGAAUUGGAGAAGAGGUUUCUGUAUCAGAAAUACCUUUCGCCGGCCGACCGAGACGAAAUAGCGGCUGCACUUGGACUUUCCAAUGCUCAGGUAAUCACAUGGUUCCAAAACCGUCGGGCAAAACUGAAGCGGGAUAUGGAGGAGCUGAAAAAGGAUGUGGAAACAGUAAAAGUAUUGUCAUCACACAAAAGCUUUCUCGAAAAUGUCAACGAUUUGGGUAUCCUGAAAAAGAAAACUGUCCACGACGAAAGCGAUUCAAGUCCUCAGAAGUAAUAGAAGCCUAUAAGAUCUAGUACCAAUAACUAAUAUUUGAGGAAAUUAAUUAAAAUGAUAAUCAUAAUUGUGUAAAUAGUCCCAAUUUUCCUCUUCAUAAGUGUAGUAUGAUUGUAACAGAAAAUUUUAUGUAUUUUAUAAAGAUCUCAAUGCAAUGUAGAAUUUUAUAGCAUGACAUUCUGAAUCUAUAGAAAAUAUUUCACGGCUAGUAUCACUUUUAUUUAUAAUUACCUCAAUUUAAUUUUUUUUCAUUUAACAGCUAAAAGUGCAAUACAGAAAUUCUAUUCCUUUGGAGGAUCAUUUUAUUAAAUAUCCAUAGCGCAACUAAUGCGCAUGUUCAAUAAAUAUAUAUAUUUUUUAAAUCCAUUAAUGCCAUACUAUUACAUCCAAAUCAAAUGGAAAAUUGUCAGAAAGAGAAUUAUUAAAACAAAAAAAAAAACAUUGAAAAAAAAUUUAAAACUUGGGUUUUAUGUGAAAGAAAAUGAAUGGAAUGAUAGGGGCUUCAGACUUUAGGAUUAACACCAGGAUUUCGUUAAAUUUCAAAUAAAUAUUACAAAAAAGAAGCGUUUGAAAGUCAAGGGGUUACGUGGGUUAAACAGAUUGGAAAAGAGCAUAUUUUCUCUAUUUUUUAAAGAAUAAUAAAUUUUUAUUUCUAUACAGAUUCUUAAGCAUAUAAAAGCACAACAUUUAAAUUAAUUUUUCUCAAACUUUUAUUUGAAAAUCUUAAAAAUUCAAUCGUUGGGACCUGAUUUUCGGGGAUCUUCUUUUAGAAAAACUUACUUUGCGGUGGGCAACUUUUCUUAGAGUAUAUUAAUAUCAAAUUAAGAAAUCAAACAUAUUUCCUGUUAUCUGAUGAUUUAAACUCGUACUUGAGCGGUACAUUUUUUUUUAAAAUGAAAUUGGGGUUUUUUUUGUCACAAUUUUAUACAAAAAAAAGACAAUUUGUAGCGUUAUUUACACCACGUUUUGUCUUAUAAGUUGUGAUAGUUAAAAAAAAAGCCUACCGUUCAAACAUGAGUUUAACUUAUUAACUAAAUAACAGGAAAUAAUUAAUUUUUUGAUGCCAGAUGAAUGUAACUCGAAAAAUCUUGUCCAGCGCAAGUUAAAAUUCUUUUUUAAAAAUUGUCUGCAAUAAUUUGAAAUUUUAAAAUAAAAAUUUAAGAAAAUAUAGUUUAAAUAUUGUACAUGCUUAAGAUCUGGAAUUACAUAUUUUUUUCUUAUGUUGAAAAGAGAUAUUAAGAAAAUAUGCUGUUUUUUUAUUAGCUGCGUGUAAUACAAUCUCCGAAUCAAAGAUUUGUCCAAAUGGCUUACCGGAUUUCUCAAAAUGAGGGGGAGAGGAUAUAGUUAGAAUUAGAAAGUUAAAAGGCAUGUUUUUGACGAAUCUUUUACAGUACUUUUAUUAAAAAAGGGUGUAAUAAUAAAAUAAACUAUUUGCGACAUAUUGAAUUGCAAAUGUUUCUACCGCGGUUGCUGCAUAAAUUAUAGUAUCUGUUUGCUCCGGUAACGUCAAGCAUAAUUUUGCAUAAAAAAAGAAAAGUAAAAUAAGACAUUAAUUGUUACAUAUGUAUUUUGUAGAUGAACAUAAAAAUUUUAAAGAUAAAAUUUUUCCGAGGUCUAGAGAUUUAUUUUCGCCCAAAAUUUUGUUUUUUUAACCCUUUAAGGACGAGGUCAAAAAUUGGGGAUCAGAAAAAAAAUUUCUGACUUUUUAAAGCAAAACACAACUUUAGAAGACCGUAGGAUAAAUUUCAUUUUUGGGUCACCGGUGACCCAAUCGUCCUUAAAGGGUUAACUGGUAAAAAGUAUAUACAAAAAAAUGUUUUUACAUGUUUUACAUUUUAUUUAGUUCAUUGAAGAGAAUUUUAUAUUGCCUUUUAGGACAACUCGAUUCGUCACGUAGCCUAUAAUCACUAUAGUAUAAAAUUAAAAAAAUUAAUUAUUAAUUACUAAUUCAAUUCCUAAAAUUAAUUGAAAGAAACAUCUUUAAAAUAAAUAUGUUAAAAAAGUUUAUGUAUGCUUGACACUACAUGUUCGGCUGUUUAUAAUUUAAAAGAUACACGUCCUUUUAAAAUUUGAAACGUGUUUUUUUUAUUAUUAUUUUUUUUAAUAGUAUCAUGAAACAAGCAAAUAAAAAAGAUUAUUAGUUUCUCAUUAAAAUCGAUGAUAGAUCGAAAUGGUUUUGAGAAAUCACUGCAAUAUCUUACUUUUUAGAAAUGUGAGGACCAUCGGAAAAUGUAAAUUUUCGGUCUAAAACCCGAUAUAAAUCGAAACCGUUUUUUUCCUCAUUCUGUAUUUAAUUUAAAUGUGUGUAAUCUCGAUCAAGUUUUAAUAGUUUCACUCCCGUUUAUGAGAAGUUUUCAAAGUAUUUUUAGAAAACAAAUAACACUUGAGCGUUGCCUAUAAUGAGUUUUCAAACACUUCAAUAACAAAAUAUAUGGUUCAAAAUUUCUUGAUGAACCCAAGUCUUGAGAAAAUCCUGAAACUCUAUGUGUUUUCAUUUAAUCCUUUGAUUGUCCAUGCGCAAUGUAUAGAAUGGCCAUCAUUUUAUGAUUUUUUAAUAAUUAUUUUUUUUUGCUUUAAAUAUUGAAAAAGAAACGAUGUCACAGCUUGUAGUUGAUGUUCAGGCUAUAACAAUUUUUAAAAAAAUAUUAGAAUUACAAGAAUGUAACUAGAAGGCAAAUUCUCUUUAUAUAAGUUUCAAACAAAAAUUUUUUAACAAAAUAAAAAGAAAUCACCUUUAUUAAUACUAGGAUUUUGUGACACUGGGUGAACGGUCGCAAGAUUAGGGAAUUUAAACAGGCUUCCGAAUACACCAGUUCUACAAGUCUCGUAUUUCAAAAAAAAAAACAAGUAAUUACAGUGGUUUCUCAAAAUCAUUUAUCAAUUGCACUCAAUCAAUAUAAUUCUAAGCCUACAAUUUCCAAAAAAAAUAUCACUUGUGAAGGAUUUAGAGUUGUAAAGCCAUAUGGACAGGUUCUUGGACUGAAGACUGUUCGGGAUUCGGGUUCUGUAUAGCUUCUUUACUUGACUUGUGCGUCAAUUUUAUGCAAAAAUUCUAACACUUUUAGGAACUUUUGAAAACUAUUCUUUGAAAGAUUUAAUGAGAAUUUUCCAGAAAAUAAUUCACCACCUAUAUAGAAAUUAUCUUUGUUUCUUUCUUUAUUUGUCUUUCCAAACUUUCUCUAACUUAGCAAAUCGCAAAAACAAAUGGACAUUAAAUGAAUAAAAUUAGUCAGUAAAAAAUGUAUUUGUAUUUUCUGAUAAAAAAUUACUUAUCGGUUAUGAAUCGGUUCUUUAACCUUGAAAAAACCGUUAGUAAAAAAAAAGUUUUUUUUUGUAUUUGCAUAACUUUUUUAAAACAUAUCCAAAAAUGAAAAAAAUCGCGAAACUUAGAAAACUUAAAAUUUUGCAAAAAUGUUUUUAAUUUUAUAAUUGUUGGUUUCAGGUAAAAUUGAAAAUUAUUAUUUUUUUGUGUUUCGCUAAAACUUGUAUAACAAUUUCACUGCCUUAAUAAUGUUAGUGACUACUGAUCAAAUUUGAUUUUUUACUGAUAAAUUUAAUUUUUUGUUGCUUAUUUGUAAAUUUUCUAAAAUGUAAAUCAAUUAUAGAAUUUAGUAGAUCCAGCUCCAUAUUUUCCCCAUAUAGUACAAGUCAAGUAAAAUAAUGUAUAAUAUUGAAGUUUAUGAUGAUGGAAGAGAAAAAAAAUAAUUGGGUGGUUUCGAAUUAUGGAAGCUAUUUUCGAAUAAAAGGAUAUUUUUUUUUAUAAAAUCAAAUCAUAAUAAGUUUUAAAUUAUCUCAUUUGAUUAUCCGUUCACUUUCUUUUACACAUUAAAAUCCAUAUUUUAAAAACCUCUGUAUUUAGAAGUAAAUUGUCCUCUACUACAAAAUUGGGAAAAAAUGAAAUUAAUUGAAUUAAAAUUGAUUUAUAGAAAAUUCAACAUUUUUAUUGCGCCUCACUAAUUUGGUGGACUCGACAAUAAUUAUUACAAUUGAAAGUAUUGCAAUUUUAUCCUGCAUAUAAGGAUAAAGAAAAUUAUAACUAACAGUCACUGAAAGUGUACAUACCAUGAAAACAAGAAAAGAAAAGUUGUGAAAGUUAAUUCUAAUGAUGGUGUACAUAUCUCUAGUUAAUAUGAAAGAUGUCAGAGUUGCAUGUAAAAGAAUUGACUUAAAUAUGUAAAAUGUUUCGUUUAAUUGUACGUAAUGUAUGUAUGUAUGUAUGUAUGUUAAUUAAAUUAUUCAUUUAGAAAGAGACUGUAUAUAGUGACAAAGAUAUCAUAUAGAAAUAAAAUUAAUUAUUCAAAA